AUGUCAAAGGGAGACAAGGUUAAUGUUUUGGACUUUUGGGCUAGCCCAUUUUGUGCUAGAGUGAAAAUUGCUUUGGAAGAGAAAGGGGUGCACUAUGUAGAAAAGGAAGAGGAUUUGUUUGGGGGUAAGAGUGAGCUUCUGCUCAAGUCAAAUCCUAUUCAUCAGAAAGUUCCUGUGCUCUUGCACAACGACAAACCUGUCCUAGAGUCUGCUAUCAUCGUUACAUACAUUGAUGAGCUCUGGCUUUCCAACCCACUGCUUCCAACUGGUGCAUAUGCUCGUGCCCAAGCCAGAUUCUGGACUGACUUCAUUGACAAAAAGGUAUUUGAAACGGGCAGGAGUAUCUGGGCGAGCAAUGGAGAAGAACGAGAAGUGGCAACGAGGGAUUUCAUUGAAGUUUUAAAGCAUCUAGAGGAAGCUCUUGGGGAGAAGGACUACUUUGGUGGUGAUGCCUUUGGAUAUGUAGACAUCAUUGCCAUUCCUCAUUCUGCUUGGUUUUUGGCAUAUGAGAGGCUUGGAGGUUUCAGAGUUGAAGACCAUUCCCCAAAAAUCUCAGCUUGGAUUAAGAGAUGCUGCUUGCAAAGGCAAUCUGUUCACAAAGUUCUUCCAGACCCAGAAAAGGUUCACCAGUUUGUCCUUCAUUUCAGGAAGAUGUCAGGACUUGAUUAA